ACUUUUAGAUAAUGCAAUUAAAUUUUCAAUUUACUAUUCAACUCUACAUAUAACAAUAAAUAGUUAUUAUUACUUUCAACUUCGUCUCCAAAAACGCGGUUUCUUGUACUUUAAGUAACUAUUCAUCCCCAACAUUUUCAAAAUGAAACCCUAGAGAAAAAAAAAACUCCAAAUCCUUUCAUCAAUGGCGUCGACGAAACCAACCGAUCAAAUCAAACAACUCAAAGACAUCUUCGCGCGUUUCGACAUGGACAACGACGGGAGCUUAACACAGCUCGAGCUCGCGGCGCUUCUCCGUUCUCUAGGGAUCAAACCGCGCGGCGAUCAGAUCUCUCUCCUCUUAAACCAGAUCGACCGCAACGGCAACGGAUCCGUGGAGUUCGACGAGCUCGUGGUGGCGAUACUGCCUGAUUUGAACGAAGAGGUUCUCAUCAACCAGGAGCAGCUGAUGGAGGUUUUCCGGUCGUUUGAUCGCGACGGUAACGGUUCGAUCACGGCGGCGGAACUUGCCGGGUCAAUGGCUAAAAUGGGACAUCCGUUGACUUACCGUGAGUUGACGGAGAUGAUGAGGGAAGCUGAUUCUAAUGGUGACGGUGUUAUUAGUUUCAAUGAGUUUUCUCAUAUUAUGGCUAAAUCUGCUUCUGAUUUUCUUGGAUUAACUGCUUCUUCCUAAUUAGUCAUUCUCUGUUUGUUUCUUCUUCUUCUUUUUUUUUUUUUUUUACUAUUUUUGUCUUCGUGCAACUCGUGCAAUUAACAAUGCGUUAAUCUUCUAUUAA